GUAUGCGCAUUGCCUGCGAGGCACUGCCAUCAAUGAAAGUAAAUUUUGUCGGGCGCGCCUACUGCCGAGAGUGCGAUGAUGAAUCGGCCAAAUACUUUCGAAAAUGAACUUUGAACCACAGAUAAAACUGUCGUCAUUCUUUGGUCACGUUAUAAAAUAUUAAUCUAUGCACAGUGUAACAAAAAUUAUACGUAAACUUUGCUCUUGUGAAGUAAAGUUGCACGUGGUUCCUACUGAUUUACGAGUGAAAUAUAUUUUGGAAUAUUUUUCUGCCAGUGUAAAGUUAAAUGUUACCCAACUACAAACAGUUCCUCGAUGAAACUGAACGAAACUGUCACGUUCCGUUUGCGGUGUGAGAACUGAAAUACGUAUCGUACGAUUCAAAUUUAAACAGUAACGUAUUCGAAGGAUGUAUUCAUACAUCUCAAGGACCGAUUAACAAAACGUAAAUCAAAGCAAAGUACAUAUUUCUAUUGCUUAAAGUUUUUAAAUAAUCAGUGGUUAAAAAUGGGUGGUGGAGGACGCGAUACAAGCAUUUUUAGUUACGAUACGUUGGUGCAUGCCAUAUCCGGAGCAGCCGGCAGCGUCGUUGCUAUGGCAACGUUCUUUCCACUGGAUACAGUACGAAGCCGUUUACAAUUGGAAGAAGACCGAGAAUCAAAGAGUACAAUUAUCACGAUCCGUGAACUGGUGGCAAAAGAAGGACCGAGUACUUUGUACAGAGGAAUAAUUCCGGUUUUACAGAGCCUGUGCGCCAGCAACUUCGUAUACUUUUACACGUUCCAUGGUUUAAAAACUCUCAGAGGAAACAGGAACCAGUCAGCUGGAAAUGAUUUACUCGUUGCGUCAAUCGCAGGCGUGAUUAAUGUCUUGACAACGACACCAUUAUGGGUAGUAAAUACUAGAUUGAAGAUGAAAGGAAUUGGGACCUCUCAGGAAAGAAACAAUAACGAGUACAGCACGUUAUAUGGUGGCCUUUUACAUAUAUGGAAAUAUGAAGGUCUGGCAAAACUUUGGGCAGGAACUUUGCCAAGCUUGGUAUUAGUUGCAAAUCCAGCUAUUCAGUUCAUGACUUACGAGUCUAUUAAGAGAAGGGCUGUUGCAUCCUUGCGCGGUGUGCAACCUCCUGCAUGGAUCUUCUUUUCAAUCGGUGCCUUGGCUAAGAUGAUAGCAACCGCACUAACUUAUCCAUUGCAAUUAGUCCAAACCAAACUAAGACAUGGUCACAAUUAUCCGAACUUACGACCGAACGCUGGCAGCUUGGAAAUUCUAUUUUACAUAUUGAAGAAGCAAGGAAUAGGCGGAUUGUACAAAGGAAUGGAAGCCAAGCUAAUGCAAACCGUUCUCACGGCAGCUUUAAUGUUUCUGACUUACGAGAAGAUUUCAACAUUUGUUUUCCGUAUUCUAUUACAGAGACCAAUAUUGAGAUAGUUGUUCAAACAUUCAGUAAUGUAAAAAUUUAUUAAUAUCGUUUUAAAAUGAUGUAGUUCAGAUUCAAAGUUAAUUAUAGGGGGAAUUGAUAUGUAUAAUGCCAAAUAUGAUUGUACCAAACUUUUGUGAAAAAGAAAUAUUGUUUGUUAA